AGGAAAAGUGAUUCCAUCCCAUAAAUACUAAUCUAUAGUCCGACCUUAUCUUCUAACCGUGCUAUGACCGGUUGGUAUUAUAACUGCCUUGGUUGACCGUUGUAUGUGUAUGUUUUCGUAAUUUUCGUAAUUUCGUAAGUUAUCUAUUUUUUACACUAUAUACACUAUACUCGUUUUUGACUGUGUUGAAUUUGGGUAUUUAAUUUUGUAUAUGUUUUGGUUGUAGUUUUUGCAAAACAAAUAUUAAUAAUUUAUAUUGCGUAUUUAGUAUUGCACUUGUUUACAUAUUGCAGUUUACAUUUUUCUUUUCUAUAGUGUACAUAUUCAAUUAUUGAAAAGUAAGUAAAAUUGUAUUCUAUUUUACAUUUUAUAACACCAUCGUAUGAUUUUUAGGCAUAAAUCUAGUUUAGUGGUCAUGCGAAUUUUUUAAUUUUCUUUUUCAAAAUGUGUAGUUUUACGAGUACAUUGAAUGUAAAAAAAAAAGUGAACGAUCUUCGUUUGAAAAUUAUGAGGUAAAACUUCGUAAAGUUCGGGUUUCCCGUUUCGCAUAUUUCUUAGUUAGAAGGAAACAUUUUCAAUUUUUUUUUUUUUUAAACAUUUUUUUGUUUUUCAAUGCUUAAUCUAUUGGUAUAAUCAAAACUUGCAUAUCAUACUUUUAUAGUUUCUAUUACUAAAAUUAUCCGAGUGAGCACCUUGGGUCUCUAGUUCCGCCUAUAAUGUUUUUUUUUAAUUUUCUGUGCUACCUAUCCGACGUAUGAUAGGUAAGUUUUGAUUACACCAAUGAAUUAAAUAUUUAAAAACAUUUUGGAGAAAAAAAAAAAUUGAAAAUGUUUAAUUUUAACUAAGAAAUUUGCGAAACGGAAAACCCGUAUUUAAUGAACUUUAUCCUCAUCACUUUCAAAUGAUGUAUUUUUUUAAUAUAUUCUUAAUGUAUACGUAAAAUCACACAUUAUGAAAAAAAACCUCAAAAAUUUGAGUGCCCGCUAAACUAGAUUUGUUUUCAAAUUAAACUUGAUAUUUAAUAUUUUCUAAGUUAGAUAAAUAAUAAUUUAUUAUUUAUUAUUAUAUAGGUACUUAUAUUGUUUAUAAUUUUUAAAGGAGAGUUUAAAUACAGGAAUACACUGCUCAUUGUACGCAUUGAGCUAUCUUGCGUUGAUUAUUGUUUGUUGAUUAUUGGCAAACUAAAAUUUUGAAUACAUAUGGUAUUGUACUCAAAAUUUACUUACUCUUACCCAAAACAAAUUUUAAGCUUUCUUUUUGAUGCUAUUUAAUUUAAUGGGAUUAAUAAAACCACUAAAAUCACUUUUUUCUUUCUUUAAUUUGAUGCUGAUAAUCGAUAUUAUCUAUAUUAUAUAUAUGAUAACGCAAUGUGUAUGCGUACCAUGAGCGGUGCAUACCUGUAUUGAAACGCUUUUGUUUUUAAUUACUUAAAAUAAUAUUUUAUUUUGUAUUAAAAUCUAGAUUAAAAUAAUUAUAAGUUAACAAAUAACUAUUGUAAUACUAUUUGGACAUUUUGAAUUUGUUUCCUGUAAUAUCUUUAAUACAUUGAAUAUUAAAUUAUUAUUACUGAAAUAACUUGUGUUAUUCAUAAAAGUAAAUACUUAAAUAUCAAUGAUAAAUCGCCAUAUAAAUCUAGGUGCCUAAUCAAAUUUUAGUAAAAAAUAUUAAAACAAAAUACCUAUAAUAUGAUUUGUAUUAAUUUUACAGUUGGAAAUAUUUAUUUAGUUUUACUAUUUCCAGGUACCAAAUUGAAAUGAACAACAUUUGAAAAUUUGUGUUUAUUACUCAAGAGCCAACACUCAAACAUCAAUACAUCAUUAUGGCACCUAGAUUCAUAUUGAAUCAAAAUCAUGUCAAGAUAAAUAAACAUAGAGAUGUCAUCAAAUAUAAACGUAAAAAUGUCCAAUUACGUAAAUCUAUCAACCUCUUAUUAAUGCAAAAUAAACAAUUAUCAGCGACAAGAAAUAAUUUAUUACAACAAAACAUGGAAUUGCAAAAUAAAAAUUCUUCUCUUAAUAAUUUGAAUACUCAAUUAAUUGCAAUAAAUCAUACUUUACGCGGAAAACUCAAUGUGUUUGAUCAAACAUUACAAGAAUGUGUACCUGCAUUAGUAACUCUAUCACAAAAAAUACCAUCUAUGAUAGACAAUGUACACCAAAUAUCGAAAUUCAGUGAAUCAUCAAUAUUUUGUAAUACACAAAAGAAAGAAAGACAAACAAAAGUUGUAAAACCUGUAAUAAAUGGUUUAAAUAUUAAUCAACCAGUGAUUUCAGAACAUCAAUAUAAUAUGUCGCCAAUUAUAGAAAGUCCUCAUUCUGAACAAACACCAAGGCAGUCUACCAAAUUCAGCACUAGUAAUUCAUCACAUCGUAAACUUGAUAUGGAAUCAUUUGUAAGGAUGAAGGAUGUGGCAGCUUUGUUAAAAAAUUCAAAAGCAGUUUCCAAUGAGAAUUCACCUAAUCAGCAAACUGAACAUUUAGAUGAAGAACCAUAUUGGUUACAUAGUCAAAAAAAUCAAUGCCAAAAUUCUCAUAAUAAUUUAUUUUUAGAUGAAACAUGUUCACCGAUUAAACAUAAUUUAUCAUCACUUAAUGCAGUUGUUACUGAUAUGUCAACAUCUACUUCAAAUGAUACAAUAUAUACUACACAUAAUGAAUAUCAAUGUGAAUCAGAAUCUCCUAAUAAAUCUGGUUCUAUGUUAAAAAAUAUUACAUUGCGAAAACCUUCAAAACGUAGAUCAAGUGAAACCACAUUAGAUAUUGACACCUCAACUUCUUUUACAAGAUCGAAGAGAUCUAGAGCAAAACCUGUGAAUUAUAAAGAAAAAAGUAUACGUGACAAACUUAGAAGAGAAAAUUAAAUAGUCGCAUAUUUGUUGAUUUAAAUUUAUAUGUUUAACUAAAUUUUUUUAAUAUAUAUAAUACCUACCUAUUAACUGUUUUUUUUUUAGCUAUUAGAAAUAUUAACCUUAUAUAAGGGAAACAAUUUUUAUCUUUAAAUAAAUAUAUAUCAACUAGUGGACCUUACUCCGCAGCAAUGACUAUAUGUUAUAAAAUCAGUAAUUAUAUCAAAGGGAUACAAAAA